UUAAUUUUGAAAACAAACACAUCAGCUGUGAGAGUUCCUUCAGUAUUACUACUGUUGAACAAGUGAAGUGUCAAGUUCAAUUAGAAAUUUCAUAUUACACGGCUGUUGAUAUUCUCCUAUUGUUGGAAUUUUUAUAAUGCAUGAUAUAUUAUCUCAUUAUCGAAAUGAUGGGUAUGCCAUUAUUGAAGAUUUUUUCUCUGCCUCAGAAGUAGAAGAACUUCGCCAUGCAGGCGAAGAAUUCACAAAAAAUUUACCGGAUGAAUCAGAACGGACAAUUUUCAGCACAACUAAAAGUGAACAAGCAUCCAAAAAUUAUUUCCUAGAAAGCGCGGAUAAAGUACGAAUUUUUUUUGAGGCAGACGCAUUAGAUGAAAAUGGUAAAUUAAAGUGUGAUUCAAGUUUAGCAUUAAAUAAAGUUGGACAUGCUCUACACUAUCUGCACCCUGUAUUUAGAAAGUAUAGUUUCGAUGAACGAAUUAAAGAAAUAUGUUUUCAAUUAGGAUACCAAGAUCCUGUUAUUCCACAAAGCAUGUAUAUUUAUAAAAAUCCUGGCGUUGGAAGUGAAGUAAAAUCACAUCAAGACGCCUCCUAUUUAUACACAGAACCAUUAGCCCUUACUGGUUUUUGGUUUGCAUUAGAUGAUGCAACAUUAGAAAAUGGUUGUUUAUGGAUGAUACCUGGAUCACAUAACGGUGGUGUACAUCGACGUUUUAUUCGAAAUCCAGAUAAAGAGUCAAAAGAACUGCUAGUUUAUGAUAGAUCUGAACCUAUUUACCAAAAAAGUGCUUUUGUUCCUGUUCCAGUCAAGAAAGGUAGUUGUGUGCUGAUAGAUGGUUUAGUUGUGCAUCGAAGUGAAAACAAUAAAUCGAAUUUGCCACGGCACGCAUACACAUUACAUGUAAUUGAACAACAAAACACCGUGUAUUCACCAGAUAACUGGCUACAACCAACAAACGAUUACAGUUUUCCUAGUCUAUAUAGAAAUAAUUAACUACCUCUAAUUUCAACAUCUAAAACUAGCUCUGUAUAAAUUUUAUUUAGAUUAAUCUUUGUA